UCUCUGAUGCAUUUGGGAUACAAGCACAUGCAGGGUCUGGACGGUUUCCCCAAAGACCAGAACACAGCUUACGGGUACUACGCCAACAUCGGCAAACAGACCAGCAUCGACCGCGAUAAAGUACAAGACUCUUUGCAAACUCUCACAGAACAUGUUCAUUUAAACAAUGACAAUGAACUCCACACUCAAACGGGCGAGCUGGGUGACAUUGUGCAGUAUUUGAAACACCAGGCUGACAGAGGAGAUGUAGAGUCUCAGAAAACUCUGGCCAGGAUGCAUCUUUGGGGCAGUAACGGGGUGGAGAAAGACAUUCCCGCAGCAGUCAUGUGGUAUACCAGAAGCGCCCUGCAGAUGGUCGAUCCCACCGCCAUGUACGACUACGCCAUUCUUCUUCUGAAGGGCACAGGAGUGAAGAAGAACCGGACGCUUGGCCUUGAGCUUCUGGAGAAAGCUGCCGACAUGGGUUCUGUAGAAGCUCUGAAUGGCCUCGGAUGGUACUACAGUACCAUAGUAAAGGAUGGAAGAAAGGCCUUUCGAUACUUUGAGUUAGCGGCUCAGAACGGCAGUUCUGAUGGGCUCUUCAAUGUGGGCGUCUACCAGUUAAAUGGUGACAAUCCUGACAAACCAGACAGGAAUGAGACUGCUGCAUUCCACUACUUCUUGCAUGCGGCUCAGCGGGGUCACGUGGACGGCGCUGUGCAGUCGGCAUUGUUUCUCUCCACUGGAGCCGUACAAGGAGUGCCAAGAGAUCAAGACAAAGCUGUGCUGCUGUUGAAGCGAGUCAGUGAGAUGAAUGGGCACCUGGGCUUCGUGGUUAAAGACGCUCUUCAAACUUAUCAAAGAGGAUCAUGGCAUGAAGCGUUGGUGAAAUAUGCCAUGCUAGCAGAAAUUGGUCUCGGUGUGGCACAGCACAAUGCUGCCCAUCUGUGCGAGGUGUUAGGUCACAGUUCUGCCUGCCAGUGGAGGUACCACAACUACUCCACCUACAAUCACAUCCCUCUGGAAGUUGGUUUGUUGCGGAUGGGGGAUUAUUACAGUGAACUAGCUGAUGUGGUGAAGGCCAUGCACAUGUACAGUACAGCAGCAGUGCAUGGUAGUGCUCAGGGCCUCUUUAAUCUGGCCAUGUUAAUUGAAGAUGGUUAUGACGUUCCUGACAUCAUUCUGGAUCAGAUGGGACUCUCAGCAGCACACAGUGUGAGCCGGAGCGCUGUGGUGGCAAAUCUAUUAUCCAGGUGCAGGGUGUUUGAGGAGGGGGACGUGACUCCAUGCUCAUUAGUCCUGUGGAGGAUGGAGUUGAUGCGAGCGUGGAGAGACUUCACACACAGCUCUGUUCAGCUGCCGCUGGCCGGCGGGAUUUUCGCCUCACUCAUGGUUUUUGUAUUUGCUGUGCUGUUACGAACUCUUCUGGCAUGUUACUCUGCACUGUACCUGUCAGCCAGCCAAUCAUCAGAGAGACACGGUGAACUUGGCGGGCAAGAAAUCAGCGACAGUCCAAUGGAAACCAGAACAGAGAAUCAACAGCCUACAGUUUCACACAAUCCCCUUUCAAUGCAGGAAACAUCUGAUUUAGUCGUGACAGUGACUGGAGUGUGUGUGUGUCUCAUCUUUAUGAUGUUCAUUUCCCAUCUGCUUUGAAAAGAACAUAAGACUGUGCUUCAAGAAGUUACACAUUAACGGUCACUAUCAAUCGACACUCUUCAACUCAGGUUACUGCAACUGAACCAGUAUAAAUGGCUUUGGAUAAAAGCAUGAACAAAAUGGCUAGUCAGUUUUGCAGUAACCUGUGUUGUUCAUCUACUUUCUUUAGGUGAAAUAAUGUUUGAACACUUGAAUGUUUGCAGUGCAAAUAAAUGCCACAUGA